AAAACGUACACUGCCACUAAAUCGUGUUUUCUCUCAGCUUGGUACGACCGUGUAUUCAGUGUGGACAGUUUGAUCGAGUCUAUAAAUUAUCGUUAUUAAUUAAUUAGCAUUGCGUCAUUUGUAAUUGCACUUGGAUUCAAGGAAAUUGAUUUGACUUGACCCAAUUUUAAUGAUUAAGAAGCUGUUGUUACCUUGGAUUGGGUCUUGACUAUCAUACACAACCACUGCUCUGAGAUUUGAACACAGUGAGACGUUGACUACAAUGAGAAAACGAAUGAAAGCAAAACAAGAGGGCGGGUCCCCCCUAGCACACAGGUGCCCAACAGGGUUCUCCAAAGCUAGAGAAGAAGAUGAGGCACGUGAACUGAGGGAGGCUGAGUCACGUGAUCCGGAGGUGGCUAGGAACAAGGAGGAUGCUAUGAAGAUACCUGGUGCCAAGUGGGACCACCAGGCUGCUUCUGCAGGAGGAGUGGGGGUGGGUACAGCUGAAAAAUCAGAGGAAGAGGCUUACAAAUCAGAGGAAGAGGCUGACAAAUCGGUGGAAGAGGCUGCGAUUCCAACAGAUGAUGCACCCACAGAAACAGAAGUACAGACUCAAAUAAAAGAUACAGCUGUGAUAAGACAGGGAGAUGAUUCCGGAACGGAAAAAGAAACAAAGCAGGCUGACAAAGUCUCAACUCAGCAGCCCCCUGCAGAGAUCCCCAUAAAGACUGAUACAAGUGUUAAAGAUCAGGAAAUGAAAAAACAAGACUCAGAAGUAGGGUCCACUCAGCUGUCAGUAACAGGGACACCGUCAGUAACAGGGACACCGUCAGUAACAGGGACACCGUCAGUUAGGGAUAAGUGGAGUGAGUGUAGCAACAGGGGUUCUGAGGCGGUAACAGAGGAAGCGGGCAACACAACUGUUGGUAGUGUGAGGAAGAGACCGUGCAUAAUUCUGUGAAGUUUGACAGCACGAUUAAUCAAUCAUUAUCACGUGACGUCAUCACACUGUCGCGUAACGUCAUUACACUGCCACGUGACGUCAUCAGCAACAGAGUAGGCUGGAAUCACUACAUCUUACUAUUUGUACUGGUAGUAUGAACUGUGAAGAAGAGACUGUGAAUUAUUAGCUGGCUUGAUGUGUCAGCUCUUUUAUAGAAACUAAACUAAAAUUGUUCCUGGUGAACGGGCAAUAAAUGAUCAUGAGAAAACACCUUUAAAGAUCUGCAAUGACUGAAGUGAACUGAUUUGAUGCUAAUAUCCAAGUUUUUAGUUGGAGAAUAAUUGAUUUGCUUUGACGCGUGCAUGAAUUAUGAAUUUGUUGAUAAAAUAAAUGACAAUGUUUGUUCACCCUCUAUUUGAAGAAUAUUUUAUUUGUAGUUGAUUUUAAUUGCA